GCACAAAGCCCGGGCCGGGCCGAGGCGCGACGGCAGCGUUCCCGGCCUCUCUGAUCCGCCGGGGACGGGGAAGGCCGCGCUCCAGGAACGGCCUCAUUUCCCAGGGCCAGCGGCGAGCGGUGAUCACGGGGCCCGAGACGAGAGAUCCGCCUUCCAGGGAUGCCGCCCUUGUCCAGCGCGAGAGGCACAAGCAGGAGGCAGCGGCGACAGGAAAUGAACCCGGAGCCACGUCCCAGAGCUUGGUGACGUUCGGAGAUGUGGCCGUAGAUUUCUCCCAGGAGGAGUGGGAACGCCUGACCUGUGUUCAGAGAGUCCUGUACAGAGAUGUGAUGUUGGAGAACUACAGGAACCUGGUGUCUCUGGGACUUUGUUUCUCAAAGCCCGAUAUGAUCUCCUCAUUAGAACAAAGGGAAGAGCCUUGGAUGGCCAAGAGGAAGUUGACCAGAGGCCGGUGCCCAGACUGGCGGGCUGUGCUGGAGGCCGCGGAGUUGCCUGCUGAGGGGGACGCAUGUGAAGGCCCAUGGUCCGAGGCUGUGCUGAUGGAGAGGCUCGCCAGCCACCGUGCGCAGUGCUCCACGUUGGGGGAACGCUGGGGUUGUGGGGCUCCGUUCGAGAGGCAGCCGGGCUUGGAGACCAUCGCGGACAUGGCCACCAACGUCUCCCAGCAGCUAGGGCCAGCUCGGGAGAGCUUCCAUGAGAGUGUGAUCUGGGAGAAGCCCGACCUAGAGGCGGCAGGGCGCUGUGUUUCUGGGCCAGAUGUGGUGUCUGUACUGGACCGGGGGAAGGAGCCAUGGCUGGUGAAGAGAGAGCUGACAGGCGACAUGCUCUCAGGCCAACAAUCUGUACAUGAGACCCAGGAAUUAUUUCCAAAGCAGGAUUUAUUUGCUGAAGUGGUAACAGACAGAACUUUAAGCGCUAAUGUGGAAUGUUCCACUUUCAGAGAAAAUUGGGAUUCUGAGGGUGUGUUUGAAAGGAAGCUGGUAGGUCAGGAGACACAAUUCAGGGAAGAGACAAUCACUAAUAACAAAACCCUCUCUAAAGAAAGAGAGCGUACGUAUACCAAAUCUGGAAGAUGGUUCCAUUUGGACAUUUCAGAAGAGAGAGUUCAGAAUCAUGAUUCAGUUAAGAAAAGUUUCCCCCAAAAUACAGUCAUAACAAAACAUGCAGGAAUCUGUGCAGGAAAAAAACUUUUCAAAUGUAAUGAAUGUAAGAAAACUUUCACCCAGAGUUCAUCUCUUACUGUUCAUCAGAGAAUUCAUACUGGAGAGAAACCCUAUAAAUGUAAUGAGUGUGGAAAGGCCUUCAGCGAUGGCUCCUCCUUUGCCCGACAUCAGAGAUGUCACACUGGCAAGAAGCCCUAUGAGUGCAUUGAAUGUGGGAAAGCCUUCAUACAGAACACAUCUCUUAUUCGUCACUGGAGAUAUUAUCACACUGGAGAGAAACCCUUUGAAUGUGUCAACUGUGGGAAAGCCUUCAGUGAUCACAUAGGACUUAAUCAACAUAGGAGAAUUCAUACUGGAGAGAAACCGUACAAAUGUGAUGUGUGUGACAAAUCCUUUAGGUAUGGCUCAUCCCUUACUGUUCAUCAAAGGAUUCAUACUGGAGAGAAACCAUAUGAAUGUGAUGUUUGUAGAAAAGCCUUCAGCCAUCACGCCUCCCUCACUCAGCAUCAAAGAGUGCAUUCUGGAGAGAAGCCUUUUAAGUGCAAAGAAUGUGGGAAAGCUUUUAGGCAAAAUAUACACCUUGCUAGUCAUUUGAGAAUUCACACCGGUGAGAAACCCUUUGAAUGUGGGGAAUGUGGCAAAUCCUUCAGUAUCAGUUCCCAGCUGGCCACUCACCAGAGAAUUCAUACUGGAGAGAAGCCCUAUGAAUGCAAGGUUUGCAGUAAAGCCUUUACCCAAAAGGCUCACCUUGCACAGCACCAGAAAACUCACACAGGAGAGAAACCAUAUGAGUGUAAGGAAUGUGGGAAAGCCUUCAGCCAGACCACACACCUGAUUCAACACCAGAGAGUUCAUACUGGAGAGAAGCCCUAUAAAUGUAUUGAGUGUGGGAAGGCCUUUGGUGACAACUCAUCCUGUACUCAACACCAACGACUUCACACAGGGCAACGGCCUUAUGAAUGUGUUGAAUGUGGAAAGGCAUUUAAGACAAAGUCAUCCCUUAUUUGUCAUCGCAGAAGUCACACUGGAGAGAAGCCUUAUGAGUGUAGUGCAUGUGGCAAAGCCUUUAGCCAUCGUCAGUCUCUUAGUGUACAUCAGAGAAUUCAUUCUGGAAAGAAACCGUAUGAAUGCAAGGAAUGUAGGAAAACCUUCAUCCAAAUUGGGCACCUUAAUCAACAUAAAAGAGUCCAUACUGGAGAGAGGUCCUAUAACCAUAAGAAAAGCAGAAAAGUCUUCAGACAGAGUACACACUUCGCUUCCCAGCGAAUUCAUGCUGGAGAGUCAUCAACUCGCCCCUCUUUACCCUCUACAUCAAGUCCUGUGGAUCUUUUUCCCAAAUAUCUCUGGAACCCAUCCUCAUUCCCAUCCCCAUAGUUUCAAUGUCAUUAUUUCAGCUAGACUACACCAACUGUUUAAGAACUGGUCUCUCUGCUCUUCUGUGUUUGUCCUCUACAAGUUUGUUUUCAACAUGGCAGUCAGAUUGAUUUAGGCAUAAGUGUAAUUCCUUAACUUUUCAUGUGAAAGCAUGCACUGAGAUUCUUUAAACUGGUUAAUGCCUAAGAUGCUCCUAAAACAGUGCCUUGUCCAUCCUAAGUGUUGAGUCUUUUUAGCUCUUUUCAAAACAUUAUUUUGGGACAUGGAAGCAUUACCAUAGUUACCUCUGAAGAAAAAUGAUGCAUAGAACAGGCCAGGAACAGGAGUUCUGGGUUGUCAAUGAAACUUUGCCUAUGUUGGUUUAAAAUUUGAUUCCAUAAUGUUGAGUUAGUGUUGUGAUUUUCCAAUUUAUCUGCAUAAAUGUAAGGUGCGCUUGGUGAGGAAACUGAACUUUACCUCUGACAACAGUUUCAGAAAGUAUGUAGAGAAUAUGGAUGAGUAGGCCACCCGGAACAGUCAGAAAAAUGCAAGCUUCAUAUGAACAAAGUUAAAAGUACAGACAUGUUAUUCAAGAAUUAGAAAAUUUGGCAAGAUUUAAUCUAUUGAAAGUUACCUGGACUCAUAAAUGAAUUUUGUUUAACUCUCAAAAUACCAUUAACCUGGGGUGCACUCAUCAAGAGUAGGUAGGGUUCUGCAAACUGAUUCAUGGCUGAAGUCUCACUGACUGUUUUUGUAUGGCCGAUGAUCUGAAUUGUUUAAAAAUGUUUAAAUGGU